AUGGGCGACACUCUGGCAUGCUCGCAAAAAACUAUUCACGACUCGGGUUUCGUUUCCGCACAUGGGAUGUGCCAGGCUUUUGCCCCACCAAAACGCCUAUUGCUGGCUGUGAACGCCGCAGAUGCUGCAGCAUGCAAGGCGUUGAUUGACUCGAGCAGCACGCUCACUGCCUCGCUAGCAGCAUGGACCGGUGCGGACCCGUCCUCGGUCCCGUUUGCCAGCGUCUUUGAAGAACUCGGCGCCGCUCUACCAUCGUUGUCCAAGUGCGCUGCUGUUUUCGACCCGAUCGCUGCGUACGUGUCGCUGGCCGCCUCUGUCAAGAGCUGCCUUUCAGCCCUCGAAAGCGUGGACAGCGUGGACGAAGAUCUCACGACUGCAGCUGGGUGGGCGAACGUCUGCCCGAUUGUCGAGGAUACCGUGUUGCCGUGCAUCACUGCCGCGAUGAAGGAGUCCAUCAUGGGCACUCUCUUUAGCGCGGGCGACUGCUGCGAGGACUUCCUCGACGAGGUCCACACUCGGUUUGGCGAUUCUCUGGACAUUAUGCUUCAUCAACCAGGAGCAUGGCUACGAGACUCCUUCACUUCUGAACAUUGCCCAAAUCCCAAACGACCAAAUGUCAGCGCAUUUGCAGGCCAAGACUUCACGAACACCAAGGGGGAGCUCGUCUCACUAGGAUUCGGCUCCUUUGGCGCUGAUACCAUGGGGAUCUGUCUGCAGCCACUUGAUGCGCUCACGCAGUACAUCGCAUCGUGGCCAGUUUUCUCGGAGACGCUCAAUGCUGGUGGUGUCGAUUUCACGUUGGCGGACCUGUUCACUCCGGACACGUCCAUCUCUGGUGAAUUGCUGCUUUCGUACCUUACAACAUCCACAAACCUGCCCGCCAUUAUCCUGCGAGUUGCUGCCAGUUUGCAGGCUAUUAUGUAUGCAGACGACGAUGCAGGGAGUGCGGAGUUCGUAGACACCUUCGACACCGACAAUUCGGGCGACUGGAAUGGCUUCAACCCCGACAGCUCGACCAACUGGGGGAGCUGGGGCUGGGUCUGGAGCUAUGCAGACAACUCGGAGGGACUACAAAGCGAAAGCGAUGACGGAUCGGCCGGCAACUGGGGAUACGCUGACACCUCUGAAAGCUCGGACAGCCCCGAUAUUUUCGACGAACUCCUGGCUCUUGCUGUGCAUGUUCCGGUUAACGGCAGUUGCACCAACGCAGACCAGUCGAUCAUGAUCCCGUUUCCUAUCGACAAUGCAUAA